AGAGGGCCAAACAUCCAUUGGCUCUUAGUAAUGGGGAUAUGCCAAUACCAGUGAGCCUAGUCUUGAAUUUCUGUUUGGAUGCUAAGAAAAUGGAUAUUCGAGGUCGUCUCUGUUAUAGCUUAUUGUCUGCAAAAGUACAAAAAUUUAAAUCUCCUCUUACAGCUUUCUGCUCUCAGAGGAACUCUUCACAACCCAACCGAAACGACGACAAUGGUGAUAAAUUUUCAACAGACUGGGAUAAGGCCUGGUCAAAAUUCAGAAAGCAGGGGAAGAAAACCUUUUUCUCUCAGUUCUCUCCAAACAAGUAUGUGACUUGGAAUCCUAGACGCUCGAACUACCCACUGUCUGAAGAGGUUGAUCCUAUCAAGAGAACGGAGAGGUCGAACCUCAUGUUGUGGACCAGUCCGAGGUUUACUCUAUUUGGGGCCAUUGUUAUAGUCACAUUUCUUUUGGUCUACACUAUUCUUUAUCCGAUCAAGUGAUUCAACUCAAGUUCUGUUAACUUUUUCCAAGAAAGCAAUUUUUUUUUGCUGUAAAAGUGUAAUGAAGAAAGAGAGCGUAGGGCAGAGAACUGCAACUUAAUGCAGCUACUAAGAGUAAUUUUUUUUUUUUUUUUUUUUGAGUACAUUUUUUUUUUUU